AUGACGAGUUUCUCCACCCAGCCUUCGCAGCGCAGCUCUCGUCAGCCACCCAAGUUGACAUCCAAGGCGCACAUGGGUUCUGGACUUAAAUCGAGCGUCCCCCGCCCUCUUGUCCCAUCCCCCUUCUUCCUCUUCAUUUUCGCCUUCAUCAUUAUCUUCUUCUUCGUCGUCGUCCUCACAUCUUCUUCCCUUUCUUCUCUCUUCUUCUUCUCCUCCCUCGCAACCACUUCAUUGUUGGACCAAGGGACAUUCCAUCCACAAAAAGCCAGCUCCACCGCGAGCUCUCCUCUGGUCUUCCUUUCCCUGUUGGCUCCACCAUCUCCCACCUGCUCAAGUACACCAGAGCGGGCGGGCGGCGACGAGGGCCUUGUCACAACGAAUCCCGGCAGGGCCUCCGUGCUCGCUAGCCAUUGUCAUCCACUGAAGAAAACGCCCGGAAUAUCUCAGCAAGCCUGGUUUCUGCCUCACCGGGGCCUCCCCCAGCUUGGACGGCACAGUGGCGCCUUCGGCUUGGUUUGCCUCCGGGUGCUCUUACCAAGGAUUCGAACGAGUACAUCUCUUGCCUUGCUCUCACCAUCAUCGAGAGUUUGCUCUUCCGGCACUGACUCCAAGAAGCCGCCCGAAGGCGACGAGGAGACCAGUCCAGGUCAAGUGAAGGGGAGUGACCAGUACACCACCUCCAAGAAUUCCAUACUUGAAAUGUCCGGGGCCCAACGAGGCCAUCUUCUCCGAGUUCGCCGGUAUGGCCGGUGCUGA